GCAGUUCGUCCGACUGCUACAAACAACACAAUCACGGCGUUCCGACUGCACUGUAGGCAACUGCGAAUUCUCAGACUGUGAGAGCUAUUCAGGUGAGAUAACCUGAGCGCUCACGGGUGCCAUGAAUUGGGCUUUUCUUCAGGGUCUCUUGAGUGGGGUCAACAAGUACUCCACCGUUUUCGGCCGUGUCUGGCUGUCCGUAGUCUUCCUUUUUAGGGUCAUGGUCUUCGUCGUAGCUGCGGAGAAGGUAUGGGGUGACGAACAGAAAGACUUUGCAUGUAACACAGCUCAGCCUGGCUGCCAUAACGUUUGCUACGACCACUUCUUCCCGGUGUCCCACAUACGUCUGUGGGCGCUGCAGCUCAUCUUCGUCACCUGUCCGUCGUUCCUCGUGGUGCUGCACGUGGCCUACCGUGAGGAACGUGAGCGGAAGCACCGCCUGAAAUACGGCGAGGGCUGUCAGCGGUUGUAUGCCAACACUGGAAAGAAGCGCGGUGGUCUUUGGUGGACGUACGUCCUCUCGCUGGUUUUUAAGAUGGGAGUGGACGUGACCUUUGUGUAUCUCCUGUAUCACAUCUAUGAGGGCUAUGACUUCCCCACUCUGGUGAAGUGUUCUGAGUCUCCUUGCCCCAAUGUGGUUGAUUGCUUCAUCUCUCGGCCCACAGAGAAGCGGAUCUUCACCAUCUUCAUGGUGGUGACAAGUCUGGUGUGCAUCCUGCUCUCCCUUUGUGAAAUCCUCUACCUGGUGGGAAAACGCUGCUUUGAGUGUAUCCACAGGAUGCAGGGAUCACGGCAGAUAAACAAGGCAAGGUCCAUCGCCAACAUGAGGAGUUCAAAUGCUCAUUUAGAUUCAAACAGCAAGAAACUGGCAAGCAAAGAUCAGCUAGUGCCAGCAUACAGUUUGGUCAUCUCAUCCUAAAAAAACAUGAGCUUGGAAAAAACUUCCACUCAAAGUGGGACCUAGAGAGAUGGAAAAUAUUCUUCAUGUUCACCACGAUGUGAACUCAAGCAUGACCAACUCAGUGUACGGUUGGCAGUAAAGGAAGCCGCUUGAAUGCUUACCCUAUAUCCACUGGAUCUUUUGCUGGAAAGUUGUGACCUGAUAAACAACAUUGUAUUUUUGAAAAGCUUAUGGGGUCAAAAUGCCAACAUUCAGGAUGACAGCCUUUAGUUUGACUAAAGCAAGUCACUGCAGGGUUUUGGGUGUGGUGUGGCUUCUGUUAGGCUAAGCUCCAGAAUACCAACACCAAUGGGCACUUUAAACACCAAAUACAAUACAGAUGGUAUAAGCCCAGAAAAGGACAAUAAUUACUAUUAAUUACAAAGUACAUAUUUGUCAGUUUUUCAACUGACACUAACAAGCAAAAUGUGACUGCAAAUUAUGUUAAAUCAGUCUUUGCUUCACAUAUUUUUAUAGUUAUAAAUUUUUUUCAGAAGAAACCAAAAAUAGUAUAAUUCAUUGAUAGAAGAAUCUAUUAUCUAUAGAAGCCUGUUUUUAUUUCAGAGUAAUUGUGACUUCAUAUCUCACCAAAAAUGAAAGAUCUGUCAUCAUUUACUCAUCCUCGUGUCGUUUCAAACCUGUAGAACUUUCUUUUCAUAUUUUGAAUAAUGUUUUAACAGUUUUUGUCCACACAGUGACAUGUCAAUGGGGUGCAAAACAACAUUGAACACUAAUUACUUUCAUGGUAUGGACAAUAUAUUAAUAAUAAUAAAUGAUGACCGAAUUUUCAUUUCCGGGUAAAUUGUCCCUUUAAAUCUCACAGUUGUGGCUUUAUAUCUUGUAAUUGCAACAUUAUAUAUCUUGCAGUGUGACUUUAUAUGUUAUGUGGCUUUAUUUCUUGUUGAACUGUUAAACUUUAUCUGACAAUUAAUUUUUAUUUUUUACUCUAAGGUGGAAACAGGCUUCCAUAGCUGGAAAUACUUUACUUUAAUUUUAUAUCACAUACAGAGUCUUCCCAAAUCCAUUAUUUUGUAAACCUGCAUGGCCACCUUAAUUAAAACAUUUUUUGUUUGUUUACAGAUUUGUACAAAACAGUUUGUACUGUAUUUUUUU